UCCAAUUCCAAUCAAUUCAACAAUGGCCGCUGUCGCUUCACCUUCCUCCAGAAACCAAACGCCGUCCUCCUCACGCUCAUUUUCCUACCCCUUCGCUUCAUACACCUCCGCCAAUUUCGCUCCCGGAGUCUCCCCCAUCGUCCCCACGCGCUUCUCCUCCUCCUUUGGCCACCAUCGGCGUUGUUCUUCCACCUCUUCGCCGCCGUGUCCAGCAUCCGUGAGAUUCUCCUCGGAGCAACCACCAGGUUCCCCCGGGCAACGCUCCACGGCGAUAAACAAGAAUCAGAGGAAAACCGACGCGAUAUCAUCUUCGACGUCGAAUCACCAGAGGAGGACGUGCAUGUGUUCCCCUACGACGCACCCUGGCUCCUUCCGCUGCUCCUACCACAAACGCCUCGCCGAACAGCAGCAGCAGCAAACGGCGUUGCUUCAUUGUGCUUCUUCUUCGAGUGGUAACACCCUAAAUCUUCGAAGAUUGGCGAUGCAGAACUCGCUGGUGCGAAUCGGAGGAGUGGAGGGCGAGCUGGUGAAGAGAGCUCUGUGUGCUUUGAUCAGACCCUCCUCCCACAGCCAUCGCCGCCGUGAAGCCUUUCAGCCAAGGCCGAGCCGCCUCUCCGUCAUGUCCAAGGCAGAACAUUACUGACAUUCUCUUCUUUUUGUUUCUUUGUUGAUCAAAUCAUCCUUUUAAUUUUUUUGCAAAAGGAGGAUGCAUUAAAAAGAAAAAAAAAAGUUAUAAGUGUGUUCUGAAUCUGAGGCAUAUUGUUACUCUCUUGGAAGACUGGGAACCUUUAUUUUUUUGGUACUCCUAGUGGAAAAUUAGGAAAGAAUUAGUUGUAAAGUUAAGUUGAGUAGUCUCUGUGAAUAUAUUUUUUUGUCCUGUGAUUGUG